CCAGACGCUGUGCUGAUGACGGGCGCACAGCGCGUGUACAGAACAGGACAGCAAACCAACAUCACGUGCACGGCAGAGCACGCGCGACCCCCCGCCAGCAUCACCUUCCUCGUGGGGGGCAGGGAGGUGCACCCACGGUCAGGAUACGUGCAAGACUCGCCGCCCUGGGCUGACCCUAACGGCACGUAUACGACACGUGCCCGCCUCACGCUGCCCGUGACCGGGGACCACGUGCCCGCCCUCGCCAUCACGUGCCGGGCCCGCGUGCUCACCCUCAGCGUCGAGGACUCGGUCAACGUGAGGGUCGAGCGGGCCGCCAACGGCCUACUCAGCCUCUUCGGGGCAGGUACACGACACAGCCCGCCGCUGCCGGCGCUGGUAAUGCUGGUAGCCGCUGGUCUGCUGCAGGUGGUUGCCGUCAGGCUGCUGUCCAACGCUUGCUUAUGGCGCCGCUAAGAACUAACUAACUUUAGAGCAGCUACACCGAGAUAAUUUUACGUGAAUAUCUUGCUAUGGCGUAAAAAUUUUUACAUGAAUAUCUUGCUAUGGCGUGAAAAAUUUAUAUGAAUAUCUUGCUAUGGCGGAAAAAAACUUUACGUGAAUAUCUUGCUAUGGCGUGAAAAAAUUUACAUGAAUAUCUUGCUAUGGCGG